AUGAAUAGGACUAUUGUUUGGUUUAGGAGGGACCUGAGAAUUGAGGACAACCCUGCAUUAGCCGCUGCUGCAAGAGAUGGUGCUGUUUUUCCUGUCUUUAUUUGGUGUCCUAAAGAAGAAGGACAGUUUUAUCCAGGCAGGGUUUCAAGAUGGUGGAUGAAACAGUCUCUUGUUCACUUGGAUCAAUCACUCAAAUCUCUUGGAGCUGGACUUGUAAUCAUCAAAACUGAUAGCACUCUUAAAGCACUUUUGGAAUGUGUAAAUGCUGUUCAAGCUACAAAAGUUGUGUUUAAUCAUCUCUAUGAUCCAGUUUCACUUGUUCGAGAUCACAACAUCAAAGAAAAACUAGUGGAUCAUGGUGUUUCUGUGCAAAGCUACAAUGGGGAUUUAUUGUAUGAACCGUGGGAAAUAUUCGACGAAAGUGGACAUGCUUUUACAACCUUUGAUCCUUUUUGGAACAGAUGCUUGCAUAUGCAAAUGAAAACCUAUUCACCCAUUCCUCCUUGUCAAUUGGUUCUCGCUCAAGGUAAAGUUGAGAAACAUUCAAUUGAGCAACUAGGUCUUGAAGAUGAGUUAGAAAAAUCAAGCAAUGCAUCAUUAGGAAGAGCAUGGUCUCCAGGUUGGAGCAAAAGUGACAAGGCAUUAACCGAAUUCGUCGAAAACAACUUGCUUCACUACUCGGGAAACCGAUUAAACCUUGGUGGUGAUUCAACCUCAUUGUUAUCUCCAUAUAUUCAUUUCGGAGAAUUGAGUGUGAGGAAAGUAUUUCAGCUGGCGCGCACGAAACAGAUAUUAUGGACUCACCAAGGGAACAUCGUCGGUGAAGAGAGUGCAACGCUUUUUCUCAGGGCCAUUGGAUUUAGAGAGUACUCGCGUUAUCUUUGUUUUAGUUUUCCAUUCACACUCGAGAGGCCAUUGUUAGGGAACUUGAAAUUUUUUCCUUGGAAUAAUGAUCCUUCGAAUUUUAAAGCUUGGAGGCAAGGUAGAACUGGAUAUCCAUUGGUUGAUGCAGGAAUGAGAGAGCUUUGGGCAACAGGAUGGAUACACAACAAAAUGCGAGUCAUAGUUUCGAGUUUUGCAGUGAAAAUGUUGCUUAUACCAUGGAAAUGGGGAAUGAAAUAUUUUUGGGAUACACUAUUAGAUGCAGAUCUCGAAAGCGAUAUUUUGGGAUGGCAGUAUAUCUCAGGUAGCUUACCAGACGGUCACAAGCUCGAGCGGUUGGACAAUCCAGAGAUUCUAGGGACGAAACACGACCCAGAAGGUGAGUACAUUCGUCAAUGGCUGCCCGAGUUAGCAAGAAUGCCAGCUGAGUGGAUUCACCAUCCAUGGGAUGCGCCGCUCACCGUGCUCACAGCAUCAGGUGUAGAGUUGGGUCAAAACUAUCCAAAACCAAUCAUUGACAUAGAUUUGGCAAGAGAACAAUUGACUCAAGCUAUAUUCAAGAUGUGGGAAACAGAAGCAGCUACAAAAGCUUCCAGCUCACAAGAUAGACAAGAAGUUGUUGAUGAAAAUGAAAACCUGUUGAUUCCAAAAGUUUUCUUGAAAGACAAGGCACCUCGCGGCGCUACUUCUUCGAAUGACCAAACAGUUCCGGUACUUCAGAAUCUAAAUAGUGAUGAUCCUACUAUUAAGAAGAGACUGAAAUAUAUGGACGAAGAGGAUCAGAAACCUGAUAAGGCGCGUAAUCGUAGCGACCAUACGGAGGUGUCAUGCAUUGAUCAAGAAGACUGUUCUACUGCUGAAUCUUCAUCCAAGAGACAAUGUUCAAGCACUUCUUCAUUUUCUGUCCCAUAA